AAUCCACGUGGAAUUUAUUCAUAAAAUUGUUGUUUCUUAUUCAUGCUUAAACGUAUAAUUAAUCAUAUUUUUGUAACUUACGAGCUUGCUUAGCUUAAUUUUAGCUUACUAAAAUUGAGGACAUAAAAUGGGUUCCUUUUCCUUUUUUUUUCUUUCAUUUUUUCAAUUCUAUUUUUUUUUUAAAAAAAAAUAAAAUUCAACAAUUUCCAUAUAUCACUACAACUUUAUCAAUUCAUAUAUCAUCCAAUUUUUAUCAAUUUAACUUCAUCAAAACUAUAAUAUGGAAACUAUUUCAAAGACUCCUUCUGAACUUACCGAAUUUGUUUUACGCCCCAAUUUGGGUACCUCGGGUAGACAUAUUCGUGUUCGUUCUAAUUUCUUCGAAAUUACAAGUCUUCCCGACAUGGAAAUUAUUCAUUAUGAUGUUACUAUCACUCCGGAUGUACCUCCAAUUUUGAAUAGAAAGAUUUUUGCAGAGUUUGAAAAACUCAAUCUUUCUGGAGCUUUAGGAAAUGUUCGAUGUGUUUUCGAUGGACGUAAGAAUAUAUUUGCAUCUCGACAAUUGCCCAUUAAAGAUUCUCAAGUCUCUCUCCCGAAUAAUCAAAAUACUUCUGGCAAGCCACUUCCAAAAUGUUUUGAACUCAAGGUGAAGAAAGUUGGUAAGAUUAAUUAUGAGGAACUUGUAUUAUUCCUCGGAGGAAAGAGACAAUUGACUCCUAAUUGUUUAACCGCUAUUAUGGCUCUUGACGUUAUUAUUCACCAUCAACCAUCUAUGGAUUAUGUGACGGUUGGUCAUUCUUUUUUUACGCCACGAGAUUCUCGACCUAUUUCUGGAGGCGCAGAAAUUUGGCAAGGGUAUUACCAAUCAGCGCGUCCCACUCAAGGAAAAAUGAUGAUCAACGUGGAUCUGAGUGCUACUGCUUUUUAUGAACGUGGUCCUCUUUUGUUAAUGAUUACAAAGUUGCUUGGUCGUAGAACACCUGAUGACCUCCGCCGUGGAGUAUCUGACAAGGAUUAUCAAAAAAUUGAAAGAUCCAUCAAGAACUUAAAAAUCCGUGUUACACAUCGUGGAGAAUUAGUAUCUAAGAAAAAUUUCAAAAUAUCUAAAUUUACUCCAAGUAGUGCAGAUAAUACUAAAUUUGAUAGUAAUGGAGUUACUAUGAGUGUCUCCGAAUAUUUUCAAAAAACUUAUAAUAGACGUCUCAAUUAUUCAUUUUUACCUUGCGUUGUUGUUAAAAGAAAUAUUUAUCUUCCAAUUGAAAUUUGUGAAGUAGUUGAAGGACAACGUCAUAUUCGAAAACUAAGUGAGAAACAGACAGCCGAUAUGAUCAAAUUCACUUGUCAGCAACCUCAUGAACGUGCAAACAAAAUAAGACAAGGCCUGGAUAUAUUAAAUUAUCGCACUAAUGAAUACCUUAGACAAUUUGGUCUUACAGUUAACAAUGACAUGGUCGUGCUUGAAGCUCGUGUACUUUCUACCCCUACCAUUACUUAUCAUCCAUCCUCACGUGAUUUUGCCUUUCAACCACGCGAAGGAUCUUGGAAUUUGAGAGAUAAAAAAGUUGCUGUUGGUGCCACUCUUGGUUCUUGGGCGGUAGUUUGUUUUGGAUCAGAACGUGAUUCCCCACCCCAAAUGAUUCAAGCAUUUAUCAGACAACUUGUUAUUACAUGUUCUGAUACUGGAAUGGAUAUUCCAAAUAAAACACCACCUAUAAUUCAUGCGAGCCCACAAGGGGACAUUGAGAAUAUUCUUAAGCAAGCUUGGCUUCGCGCCGGAAAUAUCUCUAAAGCUCAACCCCAAUUGAUCUUAUGUAUCCUUCCCAACAUUGGAGUUCCGCUUUACGCGGAAAUUAAACGUGUAGCUGAUACAGUCAUUGGAGUUGCAAGUCAAUGUUGUCAAAACAAACACAUGAUACAGGCAAAAAAGCAGUAUUGUGCAAAUAUCUGUUUAAAAAUAAACGUAAAAUUAGGAGGAAUGAAUUCUUUUAUCUCUCCAUCUCAAGUUCCUUUCAUUACUGAUCGUCCAACCAUUCUUAUGGGAGCAGAUGUUUCUCAUCCAGGACCCGGUGACUUAAAUCUUCCGUCUAUCGCUGCAUUAUGUGGUUCUAUGGAUUCUAGAGCUUCAAGAUAUUCUGCUUCUAUCCGAGUUCAGUCCGGUCGUACUGAUAUUAUUGCUGACUUGGGUAAUAUGGCGAAGGAAUUAUUAAAAACUUUUUAUCAAUCUUGUGGUAGAAAACCUGAACGAAUUCUUUUUUACCGUGAUGGUGUUUCCGAGGGUCAAUUCUCUCAAGUUCUAAGGGGAGAGGUUGACGCUUUAAGAGCCGCUUGCGCAUCUCUUGAACCUGGUUAUAGACCAACCAUCACAUUUGUCAUUGUUCAGAAACGUCACCACACUAUUUUCUUCCCCUUAGAUAAACGCGACGCUGAUCGUACUGGCAAUUGUCUACCUGGAACCGUAAUAGAAUCAACAAUUACCCAUCCUUUUGAAUUUGAUUUUUAUUUGCAAAGUCAUCCCGGACUACAAGGAACUUCUCGUUCAACUCAUUAUCACGUAUUGUACGAUGAAAAUUCAUUCUCUUCAGAUGGAAUCCAACAGUUAUCUAAUAACCUUUGCUAUAUUUACGCGCGUUGCACCAGGGCAGUUUCUAUUGUACCUCCUGUUUAUUAUGCACAUAUCGUGUGUCGACGUGCUAGAUUUCAUUCUCACGGAGACGAUAUUGAAAUUUCUGAAGGAGGCAUUGGAGCCACAUCAACUUUUGGUGUGGUUAAACCGGAAUUGCAACGGGUGAGACCUGUACUUGAAAAUCAUCUAAUUCGACUUCAAGGACUAUGUGCACGAUGGCGGAUGAAUUUGUUGGCAAUUUCUGACAUAGAUAAGAACAUUAUGUUCGUUGCUAUGAAUGAUACGAUUUUCGUGCAUCGGUUGAAUUUUAAUGGUAAACCAAGUGAACCUUUCAAGAAAUUAAGAUAUUCUACAGAACCUGAUUAUACAAACAAGAGUCAUACAAUCAAUGCCAUUAAGGUUGGUAAGAUUGGUAACGAAGAAGUACUUGUUAGCGUUGAUGAAGCAGGUGAUAUCCGUAUAUGGUUUACGUCUAAUCUUGAUAAAAAUCCAAUACAAUUUAGUAAUAAUGAAUCAACAUGGGGUAUAGCAUUACAUGGUCCAAAACGUUUAUUAGCAGUGAGCUCCAAUUCACAUGAAAUUACAAUCUUUAAUUUAAAAGAAAGUGGAAAGUUUUUCAACGAAUUUGAUGAUGAUGAUGAUAAUUUAGAAAGUUCUGGCGAAGAAUCACAAACACCAAGAACUUAUGCUUCAGUAUUGACAAAGAUUUCAGAAAGUGACGCACUUGGUGAGAAAGCAAUAUCUGUACUUCGAGGUCAUGAGCACAAUAUUCCCAAUAUAUGUUUUAGUGCGUGCGGCCGGUUUUUGGUUUCAUGUAGUAUCGAUUCUACAUGUCGAGUUUGGAAUAUUAAAACGGGGGAAUUAAUGCAGAAGAAAAUAUUAACAGGAGAUUGGUCUGAUUUGAAUGAUAAUGAUGAGUGGGGCUGGACAGCAAAUUUUGUUCCUAAAUCUGCUUUCAAAACUGUUUCUUCAAAUUGUGAAGAGCUUCAACAUCUGAUUUCAAAUCCGGAGAGCAUUCCAUCGUCUCCUCGGUCUGUUGAGACAAUGGAUUCACUUAAUCUUUAUCGUCAGAAUUUAAGACGUAACUUGUCUGGACAAAGACCGAAUGUACGAGCUCCAGAGGAUUUAUAUAGGAUUAUUAUCAGUAGAAAUUUAAGAAUUAGAAACAGAGAAUAUGAGGAUGGUUAUAUAGAAAAUGGAGCUCAUUCUGAAUCAGGUACAGAAGAGGAAUCAACCGAUGACGCUUCAGAAUUAGAAUCAAAUGAAGGUGAUUCAGAGUUGGAAUUGAGUGAAGAUGAUACGGAAGUGGGAUCGAAUAACAAUGACCAACAUGAAUAUAAUGAGCAUUCUCUUAAUCGUGAACGCUUAACAGAAAUUGAAGGGAGUGCCACUCCAGCUUAUUAUGAUCGUGCUGAAUCAGCAACUCCCGUCGUGGAGAAUUAUACGGAAAAUAAUCCAGAUUAUAGAUGGUCAGUUGGACACGAAUUAAAUAUCUUGAAUAAUAAUCAUGAACAAAAUGAGAAUAAUUCAUCCUCAAUACCGGAAAGAGAGAAUCACAAUGAGGAGAGAUCCGAGGAGAUAAUUGAGGAGAGAUCAAGCCAGCCUACUCAAAGUAAUACAAAUACUUAUGAAUCUCCUGCAUAUCCUUUAUAUUCUCCAAGGUCAUAUACCGUUUCAGAGGAUUUAACUCCAGUUUCAUCGCAUAAUACUAGCUUUUCGCCCGAAUUAUCAGGUAAUCUGAAUAAUGUUUCCCAAAGUAACUUACCAGAUUCUUUUACUGGUUCGUCGCUUGUAUAUUAUCAUCAAAAUUCUCAAUUUUCAUCAUUUUCACCCAUAAAUCCGACACAUCUUCCAACAUCCCCUACUUUUUCUCCUCAAUUCUCACCUCAAUAUGUUCCUACUACUUCUACACAAGUUUCACCUUUUUCGCAACAUUAUUCAUCUACUUCUCCACCUACUUCUCCACAUUAUUCUCCAACAUCGCCCUAUUAUACAUACUUGCCAACAUCUCCGCAAUAUUCAUCUACUUUUUCUACUUUUCCACCAUCUUAUAAUACUUCCCCUCAAUAUGCGACACAAUAUCCGUCACAUAAUUCUUCAAAUUAUUCACCAUCAUCUCCACAUUUUUCUCCCAUAUCGCCUGAACAUAUUGAUCAUCCUUCGUGGUUUUCAAACAUACAUCACUCAUACUCACCAAUUGUUUUGCAACAUUCGUCUUCUUCAGUGUCUCCGACUUAUUCUCCAGUAUCACCGGAAUAUAUUCCAGCGAACCGCGAACUAUCUCCGUAUCACUCGUAUAUAGAGGAAUCUAUCGAAGAUGUUAUAAAUGGUUUACGGCAGGAAUCGUCAUUAUCUAGUCCAAAUAGUCCAAAUAUAAGACAUGAUUCAUCGCCCGAAAGGCAUGAAAUUGAACCGAUUUCUCAGUCAGAUCACUUAGAUUUGCAUGAUAAUGAUACCAUAUGUUCGCAUGACUCGCUUACGAUUGAUUCGCCUUUACCUUCAUCAUCACGUGAAAGUAGUGUCAAUAACAUAGAUUCCCCAUUAAGGACUUCAAAUGAUUACUAUAUCCGAUCUCAUGUUCGUAUACAACCGCUUGGCUCAUCUCAGUCGGAUUGUUGUCCAGAUUUAGGAUUACCUGAUGAACUUGUCCUUUACACAACAAAAUAUGAUUUACUAUUGCUUGACCCUAAACUAAAUUUGAAAAUUUUGCGUACUGAAAAAGACCUAGUACAUAGAGUAGAUACAAGACGUUACCCAAUUCACUUAGAUUUUGAUCGAUUAAAUAUGGUUGAGGUGAUUCCAGAACUUUCACUCAUGAUAGUAGCUAGUCAACAAGGAAAGGUCGCGUUAACUAGACUCAUUAGAAUCGUUUGUGAUGAUGGGGAGGAAAAUUAUUAUUUACACCCAGAAAAAUAUCUUCCAAACACGAUAAUGAAUACACCAUUAUUAGGUAUGUUCGUUGCUAAACACAAUAAACUUCAAGAUCCUGCCUUGUUUUAUUAUCGGUUAUAUCUAAUGUAUAUUAAUGGUACAAUGUUUUGUUAUGAGAUACGAAGAAAGAAAGAAACAAACCCUUUGAGAAUGGAUAAUAUUUAUAUAUAAGUUCUUCAUUAAAUAAUUAAUUUUUAAUUUAUAUUAAGAAUAUGAAAAAAAAUGAAACAAAGAAAAAGAUUAUUGUAGUUGUAAUUUCAUUUAUAGUAACCUUUAGUAACUUGCUUUUAUUUAUCUUGAUCUAAAAAUUAGUAUUAAAUUUAUAUAUUAUAUAUAUUAUGAAAAAUUAUAUAAAUAUCUAUACUUUUUAUAUUGUAAA